AUGCUGGUCGCCUCCUGUCGUGGCCGACAAGGGGACACCUGCCAGGAACCAGACAGGCAAGCUCUCAUACAGUUGCGGAAUGCGCGGGAGAAGGGUUUGCUGGACGUGUCGGUGACCUUCCAACAGCUGCCUGUUCUCCAGCUCUUCUUUCCCUUCGGGAAUCCGAUGCCGGCAGGCAACUUUUCCGGCUCUUCCGGGCCCAAUGUCACGAAUGUCACGGAACACUUCGAGUGCGUGGUGCCCAUUCCGCCUGGGGCCUCUUCCGACAAAUGGGUGCCGUGCCUAAACAUCACAGAGCGGCAGCAGCUUCAGCAGGACGUCAUCGCAGCCUCCUCGAACGCCAGCGAACCAAGCCUGGCUGAGUAUCUUGCGACGGGUUCGUGGGAUCCGGCGGGAAAGUGGGCAAUUCCUAUGGAUUACUGGAACGACAUGCGAUGCAACUGUCCAAACUGCGCGGAUGAGGAAGAGCUGUACACGGCUGUGGCAUACGCGGUGCAGGGUAGCGGCCUCACCCUGGCGGACAACUUUACCGACUAUGUCUUGAACUGCGAGACCUGCCCGGGGUGUCCUGACCAGAACCAGUGUGGUGCCGUGGUCGACUGCGACCCGGACGCCUUGCGGCUUGUUCCGUCUUGUGCACAGAAGCUCCAAGAGGAUGGCUGGAACAUCGAUCAUCUCUACGACUGCGGGGAUGGGUUCAAGAUCCCGAAGCUCUAUGUCAAUGACAGCGAGUAUUGCGACUGUCCAGACUGCAGCGACGAGGACAAAUUCACUUGCAGCACUUGCAACGCGGAGUGUCCAACCGAGUGUGGCUAUUGGGCUUUGUGCGGCAGCAACUCCUCGUUUACGCUGAACCCGAUUUGCCAUGGUGCCAAUUUCAAUUGGGAUGCCCGCGCCGGCUACAAGGCUUGCAACAAUGGCUGGACAAUCCCGGCUGACUAUUGGGAUGACGAGUUCUACUGCGACUGCCCAGACUGCGAGGACGAAAGUACUAUCACCUGCCAGGAAUGUGGCGGGUGCCCCAACGCCUCCGCCGCCUGCGGCGAAUUUGUGGAGUGCUUCACUUCAGAGAGCAUCCUGCCGACCCUGAACCCAUAUUGCAUCUUGCCUGCUUUGGGCGGAUGGUCGCCAGGAAGCAUCAUCUCUUGCAACGCCUCAGAUCCUGACGCCUGGAACAUUUCGUCAAAAUACAUCAAUGACGGGUACUGCGACUGCGGCAAUUGCGAGGAUGAGGAUGAGUGGACCUGCGCGAACUGCUCGGUGGGAUGCCCCAAACAAUGCGGCGACAGCGUCCAAUGCGUUGCGAACGAGGCGAACUUCAAGGCAUGUGGUAGCAUUCCAGACUUGGAGUUCUGCGAUUGUCGCAAUUGCGAAGAUGAGCCCAACAUCACACUUGAGAGCUGUGGUAUCCAGCCGCUGGCUUUCUGUGGAGACUACUUCUAUUGUGGCGGAGAGGCGUCCGAGGUGCAGGGGGCUUGCGACUAUGAGAUAUGGGAGCUCGGGCUGAACCCCGUGGUUUGCAGCAAUGGCUGGACCAAGCCAGAGGAUGCUUGGAAUAACAACUUCUGCGAUUGCCCGGACUGCGAGGAUGAGAACGAGACGGGUUGGAACUGCGACAAUUGCUACUGUCCUCAGCACUACAACUACGACGUCGUCGACUCCGUCGCCGGGAACGACCUCGUCGACAAGCACUACAGACACGACGUCGUCGACUACAUCCCCGGGAACGACGUCGUCGACCAGCGCUACAUCCACGACGUCGUCGACUCCAUCGCCGGGAACGACCUCGUCGACAAGCGCUACAGACACGACGUCGUCGACUACAUCCCCGGGAACGACGUCGUCGACCAGCACUACAUCCACGACGUCGUCGACUCCAUCGCCGGGAACGACCUCGUCGACAAGCGCUACAGACACGACGUCGUCGACUACAUCCCCGGGAACGACGUCGUCGACCAGCACUACAUCCACGACGUCGUCGACACGCACUAUGUUUUGUCUCAAGACCUUCCGCAAGAUGUUGCUGACGGUUCCACGAUCAUCCCUGUAGCUGAUGUCACCCUGUUCAACGUCGGGGACAUCAUCCAGAUCUCUGAUGCGAAUGGGGCUGAGAUCAAGAUCGUGGUUAAUAUUACCUCCGAGGGCACAUCGGGACCACAGCUCCUUGAGCAACAUGUUGUCACCAGAGCCGCCCUGCACAUGGCAGAUACGGCUGUACCGGGAAAUCUCAUUGUGGACUCGCCACUUGAGAGCAACUACCUGGUGAACCGGUCCGCAAGUGUGACAAUUGUCUUGACAUCGUCGACUACAUCGCCGGGAACGACGUCGUCGACCAGCGUGCCAUCGCCGGACGAAGGCAAGGGCCAUGGUUCCACCUACGCCUACCACAAAGGAGCCUUCCCUUGGCACUACUGGCACGCUUCCAAAGGCAGGGCGCGCAAGCCGCACGGAAACAGGAGAUGGGGGUGGCACGGGAAGCAGCACUUCUCAUACUCGCUGACGCAAGAGGGAUUGGAGAGGAAGACCGUCAACCAGGAGCGCAGGGUCCUCCGAUCCAUGCUAGCCAGCGAGGGAUGUUUUUUCCUGAGCUGCCUCUCGGAUAUCUUCAAUAAGGCCGCCGAAACCGUGUCGGACUUCGUCGCGAAAACCGCCGACACCGUAGCCUCCAAAGUGACGACGCUUGCUGAGAAGGCGGCAGCCUGGGCUGAGGGUGCAGUGAACGAUGCUGUCAAGUGGGGAACCCAGGCCGUCGCCGACCUCGUGGAUUGGUCCGAGGAAGCAGCCAGACAGGCAACUACAUUUUGGGAAGUUUCGAACGUGGUGCUCGAGGAAGCGCUGGAUCACUUUGCCCAAGUCGGAGCCGCGUUUGCGAUGGAGGCUGCCGAAGCCGCCGGAGAAUUCUUCAUGAGCGCCUUCAACACUGGCAAAGAAGUCAUCGGCACAUUCUUGGAGAAGCACCUCGCCAACAUCCUGGAUGAGGCCAAUGUCCAACCGAGACCCACUUUCUGUGGUGGCGUUGUGUUUCCCGACGAAGCUCUUUCCGUGGUCAGCAACCCCAACAACGACUGUUGGAAAAAAGUGACCGACAUGACCGAGGAGAUCGCCGACUUCUUCGUCGACGACGUUGGGCGGCUCCUGGACGCAAUUGCCACGCGCGUGUCAAACAUGCUGGAAGAUGAGGACUUAUGGAAGGCAUUGCUUGGCAAGCUUGGGCUUACCCUGAUCGAAAGCCUUGCCUCACUGGUACUCCCCAUAUCUCGGUCAGUCAAUGUCUACAAAGAUAUCUUGGCGGUCAUGGUGACCUAUUUGAACACGCACCUUCUGCCCUUGUACGCAGACCUUUCAGCCUUCUUCGCCGAUGUCGGAAGGUUCCUGGCCGCGUUGUCCGAACGAACGUCGAGCCUUAUCAAUUCUGUCUUCAACGAAGCUGGCCCCUUCAACUUCAAUGGCUUCGAAGGGAAAACGUGGUACAUUUCGCUGUGCACGGAAACGUUCUUUCUCGGAUUCACCCUCGGCUCCUGCAUCUACUACCCCUUCAAGUACGGCGCCACUGACAACGACUACUUUGUCAUCGAAGUAGGCUUCGGGGUCGAGAAGGACCUUGGCACUCGUUCACUUAGCACAGAACUCGGAGUCGAAGGCGGCAUCCAGAUCGGGCCCAUCAUGACCAACGACAAGAGUGACUUGGAGGGGCAGUCAUUCUCAGUCGGCUUGGACAUCGACUUCCAGACGAGGAACCCCAAGACCCCGAAUAUCAACGUCGGCCCAUCCAUGACUUAUGGCAUCAGCCCGGUAAAGCUGUUGACUCUCGACUUUUUCGCCGGCAUCAACUUCGCGCUCGACUUGUUGGACACGCCGGAUGGGGGAGUGUCCUUCAGCUUCUGGAGCACGAAGCAGUACGCUUGGAAGCUGCCUGGGCUGCGGGAAAUCCUGGGGCCCGUCUUGGGCAAUCUGUUCGAGACUGGCCCCACGGCCAAAAAGGAGUACAACUACAACGCUGGGGCAGGUGGCCUUGUACAAUUGGCGGACGGGCUGCUGUCCCGUGGCAACCGAACUUCGAAGAAGCGGACAUCAAUGGACCAGUCGCUCUUCAUAGGCGAAGGCAAGGGUGGCGCAGGUGGCGCAAUCAUCGACGGGGUCACAAGCACUGUCAGCUCCGUGGUCAACGUGGGAGAGGUCGGCUUGAUACAGGCCGUGGACAAGGUUGCACCAGACUUCACGCAACCUACUCCUCCCCUGGUUGCAACUCCCCCGUCGCCCGGGCCGCCCCCACCUCCUCCCAUUCCGGAGCCGGCGCAGGUGGACGACGUGUGGUUGAGGGGUUUCCUGAUUGCCACUGGCAGCCCCUUGGAGGGCCCGAUGGAGUUGCCAGCAAAGCGGCGGUGGGUCUACGUUGCAGGUGCGGACUGUGCAGUGGGCACGGCCGUGACCACCGAAGCAGAAUGCAAUGAGGCCUCCUUGUACCUGGAAGCCGCGCCGCACCGCGGCAAUGACCUUGACGUCGAAGUAGGAGCUUGGAAAGACAUACCUUUGGGCUGCUCCAUUAAGGGGAGUGCCGACACUCCGCGCAACUACCAGAAAGUCCACUGGAACACCGACGCCCGGACGAACAGCGCCCGUGCAACAACCGACGAGUUCCGUGCCAUCUGCCGCAGGCCCUUCUACGUGGCGCAGCAGAGUCAGAGGGACUGCAUGGGUGGCGCCAGGAUUCUCCGCAAAGACACGUGUGUCGACGCGUACAUGCAGCUGCAGUCGAGCUUUAAGAAGAUCCUCCCGCCUCGGUCGAUGCCGCUGCCGCAGAUGAACCCAAGCGACAAGCGCAUUCCGCCGGCCUGCUCUGUCGAGUGGGACGUGACCGACAAGAGGCAGCUCUUCUUUGCAAGCGACUUCUCGAAGACCUUCUCACCAACUGCCGGUCAGGACUACGCUCGGCCCGUGUGCAAGAAGCAGCAGUAUUGGCUCGAAAGGCCUGGAGCCACCUCCUGCCCAAGAGGCUCGCAGAUCACAAGCAAGGAGGAGUGCGAGAAUGCCUACCAGAACCUGAAGGAUCGCCUUCCGCGUCUCCGUGCCCGGGACCGAACCAUACAAGGCUACUGGAAUGCCUUGCUCGCGGGCUGCGCGGUCCAAUACAAGGGAGACAUGACGCCUCACUUCAACACCAACCCGGCACCUACGAAUAUGCUGCGGGAUGGGCUCGGCUUCUACGUCCCUAUGUGCAAACAGCCCAGCUGGUGGCUGGGAGAAAAUGGGGGCCGCUGUCCUAUGGGAACAGAAAUCACCACGUUCCUGGAGUGCAAGAUGGCACACAGGGCGUUGCGCCACGAGUACCCGACGAACCCGAAAAAGAGCUUCGUGGUGACGGAUGUCACGCACAUUCCACGAGGCUGCUCUGUGCCUAAGGAUCACAAAGAACCACAUGGACCAGACGCCCACUUCAAUGUUGCCAAGGGCGACAACGUGCAUAAGGGCUGGUACCCGAUCUGCAAGCCAGCUCGAUACGUCUUGGGUCGCCGAACAGUCCGACGCUGCCCUGAAGGCGCUGAGAUCCGUACGGCCGAAGAGUGCCUUCGUGCCCACAACACUCUCAAGAAGGAGAUCAAAAAGGCCUAUGGAGGCUGGCGCUCCAAGGGACUGAUCAGCCUAUACGCUCCGGGCAACGAGAUUCCGCCCUUCUGCAGCUCUGGUGGCGGCCCGGACACGAGCCCCUACUUCAACAUCAACGCCAUCUCCUUGGGCUCUGGUGCAGACAGCGGGAAGUACAAGGUGGUCUGCAAGGUGGCGGUCACGGGUCAAGAGGCCCCGGCGACCCCUAUCAUCGAGCUCGGGCCGAUUCGGGCCACGUACCACAUGCUCAACGCCGACGGCUACACCUGCGAGCCCAAGAGUCUGACCUUCGAUCCAAGCUUUCGGCAGCCGGACACUCUCAAGCUGGCCCUCGUUUGCUGCAACGGAGCCCGGGCAAUUGCCAUCAAAAGCGGCGCCACUUGCAGUCCUGUAGGCCUGACGUGGGAGCUUGCCAGGCAAGCGUGCGAGGACCGUGGCGAACGCCUGUGCAGCAGUAACGAGGUCACUUGGGGGGGGAUUUGGAAUAGUCUUUAA